AUGGCCAAAGCUGCCACGACGGCGACCGACGACAAUGUCGAGAUCCUGGUCCACGUCGCGGCGCCAGCCAUGAGCAAGGACGACGCCACGUAUAGAGCGCUAGCAAACGCGUACCUCGCCUUUCAUCCGGCCUCUCGUACAUCCCUACCUGCCUUGACCUCGCAGCAUGCGCAACAGGGUCCCACGACACCAGAGCAGCAGCCGCCGUCGUCAAAGACGCACGAACCGUUCGGCCCCUCCUUUGAAUCCGCAGAGCUGUCGUUUGAAGGAGCAUGGGACAAUGCCGACUCCCCUCGACUCACAGCUUGGCCACAGAGCCAGCCUUACCAAUCGCCAUACGCAACGGGCGCCCCGUCGCACACAUCGCCGCCAGGCGACCAUGCCGAGAUGAUGGGUGCCGAGGACUCGUGGAUCGCGCCGCCGAGCACCGUCCCAGACUCAAUGCCCUGGAACGACCUUCGACUGCCAGAGCUCUCCUCUCCCAGUCGCACAAUGGAACACUUUCUCGGCCUGCUGGAAGACUGCUCGUCAUUCGACGACUCGGCGCUCGACGAUUCAGUCAUGGGAACGAGUCCCAUCCGACAAGGAGGGGAAACCGUCAAGUCUUGCGCCGUGGGCAAGGUCCCAAUACCGGGGAUGCGCCCGCCACUGCUCCCGCUGCCGUCGCAGCGGGCGCCUUCAAGUGAGCUCUGUAAUGUGGACUCGGACAUUGUCGUCCCCGCAUCCUCGUCCCUGCCUCCAGUCAUGCGGCGUGGCCUAUCUGGUUUUGUUUCAAGGGCCGAGGACAACAGGGCCGAGGGGAACAGAGCCGAUGAUAGUAUCAUCGAAGAGACAAUUCUCGAAGAGGAAAUCUUCGAAGAGAAAAUCCUCGAAGAGAAAAUCCUCGAAGAGAAAAUCCUCGAAGAGAAAAUCCUCAAAGAGAAAAUUCUCGAAGAGAAAAUCCUCGAAGACACGACUGUCGAGGACACGACCGUCGAGGACACCCCCCUACCCCGCCUGAAGCGAAAUCGCCCCCAUCAUUCGCGCGCCGGUUCAGAUCCUCUCCCGAGCAAGCGCGCAAGGCUGCCCUCUCCAAAUCGUCUGGCGCGAAGCUCAAGCGACACGGGGCCCGCGUCCCCCAGUCCACAGACCCCAGCCUAUCCCUUGACGCUGCGCAACCCAUCCGACUCGGCCUUCAUCUCGCUGCUCGAGAUCGAAGCCCCGGCUCCCAAGACGUCCGCGGCAUCUCUCUCGCCAGACGACCUGAUCACCCCCAACAUGCACCUCCUCAUGCGCUCCUUCGGCCUCCCCCGGCGCCUCGACUCGGUCACCCGCCAUCGUGCCCUCAAGCCGUUCGAGCGCGGGUACUGGCUCCUGGACUGCGCCGGCUGGGAACCGGGCCUCGCUCAGCGGGCUUGGGGCUUCCUGUACAACUACAUCACGGACGGAUUCGCGGGCUGGGGCAGCCGUUGCGUGCGGGAGGCGGGGUGGCAAUGGAUCCGGUUCUGGAGCUUCGGCCAUGUUGCCAAUCACGUCUAUCUCCUGCUCCACGUCGCUACCGAACGGGCGAUCAAAUCGGAGGAGAUUUCCUGGGUCGACGGUGCUGGCGAGGUCGUCCUGGUCACCAAGGGGCAUGCAUAG